CACCUACUCUCAUUGAUCUCUCCUCCAACCUUUUCUCCUAUUUCUUCCUUCUCUUCCCCCUCCCUCCUUGCGGACUCCCCAACGCCUCUUUCACCUUUCCCGUCCUGUAAAUCUCUCUCUACUGCUUCUCUUGGAUUCUUCUCGUCCAUUCUUGGGAUUUUUUUCGGUUUUGGGCGAUGCAAAUGGCGAUUGGUUUCCAUCCAAAGCCUGUUUUUUUCGGUAUAGAUCGUCCACAAACCUUUGCGCUGCUUUGUUCUCGCCGGAGGAUCAGUGGUUCGGGGGUUUCUCGUCGACGGUUUAAAGGGCUUCGGCUUCGACCUUCCCGGGUUCCGGAAGUUAGGGUACUCUGCAGCUUGGAGCUAGAGCAUCCAGUAAGAAGGAGGUGUUCCCCUUUCCUAGAAAGUGCAUUACUGCCUAGUGUGAAUAAUUUAACCUUGGAUGAAUGGAAGGCAGUACCAGAUAUCUGGAAAACAACAGCAGAAAAAUAUGGUGAUCGGGUAGCGUUGGUGGAUCCUUAUCAUGAACCACCGUCAAAGUUAACUUACAAGGAGCAGCUUGAGCAAGAAAUUCUGAACUUUGCUGAGGGUUUAAGGGUUCUUGGAGUAAUCCCGGAUGAGAAGCUGGCACUUUUUGCUGACAAUUCAUGUAGGUGGCUGAUUGCAGAUCAAGGAAUCAUGGCUACUGGUGCAAUCAAUGUGGUCCGAGGCAUAAGAUCUUCAGAUGAUGAACUAUUGCAAAUAUAUAACCAUUCUGAAAGUGUCGCCCUGGUUGUGGACAGUCCACAGUUUUUCAACAGGCUUGCAGAGUCUUUAAUUCCAAGGGCUGAUGUAAGAUUUGUUGUUCUACUCUGGGGUGAGAAAUCAUGCCUCAAUAGUAAAGCUGUAAAGGGCAUGCCCUUAUAUGAUUACAGGGAGGUCAUAGAAUUAGGGCGAGAAAGCCAUCAUACGUUGCUUCAAUCCUGCAAACGAGGCGAGUAUCAAGAAAGUGAAACCAUUGGCCCUGGAGAUGUUGCUACGCUGAUGUAUACAAGUGGAACAAGUGGUACCCCAAAAGGUGUAAUGCUUACACAUCAAAAUCUCUUGCAUCAGAUAAGGAACAUGUGGGACAUUGUGCCUGCAGAAGCUGGAGACAGAUUUCUAAGCAUGCUUCCCCCUUGGCAUGCAUAUGAGCGUGCUUGUGAGUAUUUCAUCUUCACUUAUGGGAUCGAGCAAGUUUACACAAAUGUGCAAAACUUGAAGGAUGAUUUGAAGCAAUAUCAACCCCACUACCUCAUUUCUGUUCCUUUGGUUUAUGAAACACUCUACAGGUCAAUCCAGAAACAGAUUUCUUCUAGUUCUGCUGCUCGAAAGCUUGUUGCACUUGCAUUAAUUAAUAUUAGUUUGUUAUAUAUGGAGGCAAAGAGGGUUUAUGAGGGAAGGGUCUUAGCAGAAAAGCAUGGGCAAAGGUCAUCCAUCAUCAUCUUGAUUGACUGGUUGUUGGGAAGAAUUGUUGCUGCACUUUUAUGGCCAUUACAUAACUUGGGAGUGAAGCUAGUGUACAGUAAAAUUCACUCAUCAAUUGGAAUAUCUAAGGCUGGCAUAAGUGGUGGUGGAAGUUUGCCAACGAAUAUUGAUAGGUUUUUUGAGGCUAUUAGCGUGAAGGUGCAGAAUGGUUAUGGUUUAACAGAAACUUCUCCUGUUGUAGCUGCUCGACGGCCAAAUUGCAAUGUUCUUGGCACAGUUGGGCACCCACUGAAGCACACGGAAAUUAAGAUUGUGGAUGCAGAAACAGGUAAUAUUCUCCCAUAUGGUUCCAAGGGCAUUGUCAAAAUUAGAGGGCCCCAGGUGAUGAAAGGUUACUACAAGAAUCCAUCUGCUACAAGUGAAGCUAUAGAUGUAGAGGGCUGGUUCAACACUGGUGAUAUAGGUUGGAUUGUGCCCAAACAUUCCAUGGGGCAGAGUCGUCAAUGUGGAGGAAUGCUUGUUCUUGAAGGACGUGCAAAGGAUACAAUAGUUCUUAGCACAGGAGAAAAUGUUGAACCUGCAGAGCUUGAGGCAGCAGCCAUGAGGAGUAAUCUAAUUCAGCAAAUUGUAGUCAUCGGUCAGGAUCAACGGCGACUUGGUGCUCUGAUUGUUCCAAACAAAGAUGAACUUCUGGCAAAAGCCAAAAUGCUGUCAAUUAUAGAUGAAACCUCUGAACUCAGUAAAGAAAAAAUGAUGAGUUUGUUAUAUAAUGAAGUAAAAACUUGGACUGCGGGUUGCUCUUUCCAAAUUGGACCUAUACUGAUCUUGGAUGAGCCAUUCACGAUUGAUAAUGGCUUAAUGACCGCUACCAUGAAAGUACGAAGGGACAAAGUGGCUGCUAAAUACAGUGAACAGAUCACAAACCUCUACAAAGUAGAAAAUGCAUAGAAGCUCUUCUAGUUUAUUUUGCUACGUGAAAAUUGGAAGUUUGAAAUAUAUCUAUAUAUAUUUUCAGUGGUAGGCACGACUUGAUGGAUGUUCUCUACCCAGAAGGGUUCAAGGACCACCUUUAUUGGGAUUCAAUUAAAUGAUUUGGCAGGUAGCCUGAUUGACUGUUGGGGAAAUUAGGUUUCAUCACCCAUAGAGUGGAUCAGGUUUUAUGUAAUAAUAUCAUCUGAUGAGACUUUUUGGUCAUCGCAUUCUUAGAGAUAAAUUAUAUGACAUAGGGAAGAACUUGUGUUUGGCAC